UGUGAGAAGACUCUCGGUCGGCAGCAGAGGCAGCAGUGUUCUCCAUCACGAAGACAGAGAGAGAGAGGGACAGACAGACCGGGAAAGACAGUGUCAUUCUGAGCCUCCGUCCAGCACCGAGUUCGCUCGUCCGGUGUCCUCUCGGCGCCCCUUCCUUCCUUCCUUCUCCGUCUCUCCCUCCUCUGGUUCUUCAGAAUGUCCGUGGGCAGCGACUUUGGAAACCCUUUAAGAAAAUUCAAACUCGUGUUUCUGGGCGAGCAAAGUGUUGGAAAGACCUCGCUGAUCACACGCUUCAUGUACGACAGCUUUGACAACACAUAUCAGGCCACAAUUGGGAUUGACUUCCUGUCAAAAACAAUGUACCUGGAGGAUCGAACGCGUUCUCUCUCUGAACCCCAGGUGAGGUUGCAGCUCUGGGACACAGCAGGCCAAGAGCGCUUUCGGAGCCUCAUCCCCAGCUACAUACGGGACUCCACGGUGGCUGUGGUCGUCUAUGACAUCACAAAUGUAAACUCAUUCCAACAGACGUCAAAGUGGAUCGAUGAUGUGAGAACAGAAAGGGGAAGUGAUGUCAUCAUAAUGCUUGUUGGCAAUAAGACAGACUUGGGAGAUAAAAGACAAAUCACCAUUGAAGAAGGCGAACAACGGGCCAAGGAGCUGAGUGUCAUGUUCAUAGAGACCAGUGCCAAGACGGGGUACAACGUCAAACAGCUCUUCCGACGUGUGGCGGCUGCUCUACCAGGGAUGGAGAGCAUGCAGGAAACAGGCAAAGAAGGCAGUAUCCUUUUGUGUGGACAAGACUUCACUUAUCUCUCAGUGAAGAGCUGUCAUCCCGUCCUCCUUGAUGCGACGACCGAGGUCAGAGCUGGGUCAUUGUUGUUAUUAUCCCAAUUCGUUUUGCUGAUGGACAAAAAAUGAAAAGGAUGCAGCGGUGAACUUUGGAUUAAUUUCUCAUCCAAGAAACUGCUGGUGAUGGGUCCAGUGUUGCCCCAGCAGCUAAGGGAGGAGGACCAGGUAUAUACUAAACUAGUAUUGAGAGAAAUUCAUACGUUAUGUUCGGCUCUUUUGGGAACCAUGAGAAUGUACCAGCAUAGGCAUGUGAAUCACGGGGCUGUGCGUUAACCAAUAUACUACUGCAAAGUCACAUGAUUUGAUACACAACUGAGUAUUACAGCCUUGAUUGCCAUAUGGCAGUUUUGUCUAGACUCAGAUUGUCAUUUUCCAUAUAGCGCAAAAUGACACCAUGGCUCAAAAAAAGGCAAGUUUAAUCUAUUCCAUUGGGUGGGAGGCGGCGGCGAGGAAGGUUCACCCGGGGAGUAAUUCAGCCAUGGACCACUACUGCCUGUGAAGCUAUUUUGCUUGUAUUGAGCGAGCGCUGUGGGAUCCUGCGCUCCCCACCACAGUUCUCUGCACUGCACUGGGGAGCGUGGGGAAUGAGCUUCCUGCCAAAAGAAACUAAAAUACAAGUCAGUGGCUGCCUGUCUCCUCCGACAGUUUGGAUGGUGAGGACUUUCAUUUCACCUGUCACCUUCAGCUAUAAGUGGCACUGCUGCAUGAGAGGGAAGUGAUCAGGUCCAGCUCAGGAGAAUUGUCCUCUGUGCUGGUUCACAUUUAAGCUCUGCUUCGCUGAAGUGGUGCAAUAAACAGCAUUUUAAUAAGAGCCACGUUUAUUCAGGACAGUUUCACAAAUGAAAGUCAGUGAUCUACCUUUCUGUAGCCCAGCGUGUUUCACCAGUGUUCACCUUCAAUGAGACUAUUUGUACAAUCGGAUGAGCAGGAGUGACGACCUGAUUUGACCUCCUCCACUCUCGACCUCCGUGGAACACUUGUGAAGUCUUGGGCUGCUGUUUAACCCCAAAGCAUUUAUCCAUCAAACACAAACAUAAAUCGCACGCUGACCUUGCUGGCAAUGACAUUGUCCGCUUGCAUGUGUGAUGAUGGCCCACUUAUCACUGUGUCCUCCUUGGUGGACAAGGCCUCUGUACCAAACCUGAACUGCCCUCUGCUCCAACAUUCCCUGCCGCUAAAGCAUCUUUCUCUUCCGGCCAAUUUUCUUUAUCUCCCUUGCUGCUUUUAAAUAUCUAUCGUAAUGAGCUGAGGUGGGAGGCGGUGGUGAUGGAUGGUGGAUGGUGACCGUCCCACUGCUGCUUCAGUGCAGCACGCCUGCUUUAUUACUUUGUAAUCACUAUUGAUCUGGCCGCUUUGGGGAACGCAGGAUUACGAUCACAAUGUUUUUAUGUGCAGGGUUGGUUGCACUGGGAUUUGCUGGCUGGUAUCUUGUGUUGUCUUUACUCUUAUAGUUUGUUUUUGAUUUAUGGGGCGUCACAGAUCUCGCCUGUGGCUGGGCAGAGGUUUCCCAGUGUGAAGUCAAUGUCCGACCCAGCUCUUGCGACGGGAGACACUAAUGCUAACAACUGAGAUCUUUCUAUUUAUGGAUUUGGAAUGAAUUACUGCAAUGUUUUGUCUUGUUUUUUUUCUGUGAAGUUGGGUCCAGCUAAGUGAUGACAGUACUCUAAGACAUUACCGUGAGUUUCCUGAACA